GUUAGGCAUGACUACCACCCUACUGCCACUUUUACCAAGCACAUCCCCCAGGAGCGUGUGACAGCCAUGGGCUCACCAAAGGAAAUAAUUUUCUCAGACAUCACUGAAAACUCAGCCACUGUCAGCUGGAUGGCACCCACUGCCCAGGUGGAGAACUUCCGGAUUACCUAUGUGCCCAUUACAGGAGGUACACCCUCCAUGGUAACUGUGGAUGGAACAAAGACUCAGACCAGGCUGGUGAAACUCACACCUGGGGUGGAGUACCUUGUCAGUGUCAUUGCCAUGAAGGGCUUUGAGGAAAGUGAACCUAUCUCAGGGUCACUCACCACAG